ACCCAGUACAAGGUACACAGACAGUCGUCGGUGUUACUCAGGUACAGGUAGCGUAGCGAUAAGCGGCCAGAGGUACGGGGAGGUACAGGGGGAACCUCUACCUCUCUACCUCUUCCACCUGGCAAACCGGGGCCCGAGUCUCGUCGAAACUCACCGAGCGGACGUGUUAAUGUGCCGGUCACCGUGGCCUGUUGCCGCUGCUGCUGCUGCUGCUGCUCUGUGUCUAACGAAGAAUAAACUAAUACCUGGUGUACAUUUAAGAAUAAUACUGUUUAUUCAACUCAAAUCCAACAUAUAUACCAGUGUGCUGUGUAGUUUAACUACAAGUUACUUUGACUCGUGUGUUGUGACCGAUCUAAUACUUGAACCCUUGGAUCCCGUUCUGCCUCACAAUAAACGGGUAAAAAAUAACAAGAAGACCGUCAACGCAGCCUCCUGUCGCAAUCUCGACGUCGCGGUUUCUCUUCUCCUCCUCUACUUUCUGUUACUCGGUACUUCUCUCUUUUCUCAUCCUCCACGUCGUCAAAGUCCAAAGAGGAGCUCGGAAUGAUAUUUUGCGGAGUAACAUCAAGUAAACAUCAACGCGAGUUGUUAUUUAUUACAGUGAGUUUGUUGUGAAUUUUUUUUUUGUUUUUGUUACUUGGUUUUAUUAAUUAUUAUUGUUGUUGUUUGUAAUUACAAAUGGAUUUAUUUAUUGUUUAAUAUUAUUGUGAGUGCAGACAAAACGAAUUGCUCCAUAAAAAAAACAAGUCUUCUGAUUAUUUUACCCACAUCGUUUCACAUCAAGUCCACAAGGUGGCGGGCAGGCACGUGCAGCGAACGCGACUCGAGCAAUGGUCAUCGUUACCCGGGGUGAUUACAUAUGGAUCGAGCCCAUAUCAGGAAGGGAAUUCGACGUAGCUAUUGGUGCAAGAGUUAUUUCUGCGGAAGGAAGACGUAUCCAAGUGAAAGACGACGACAACAAAGAACAAUGGCUAACACCAGAACGCAGAAUAAAAGCAAUGCAUGCUACCUCCGUACAAGGUGUCGAAGACAUGAUAAGUCUUGGCGACCUCCACGAGGCAGGAAUACUCAGGAAUCUUCUGAUAAGAUACAAUGAGAAUCUCAUUUACACUUACACAGGCUCCAUUCUAGUCGCUGUUAAUCCUUAUCAAAUACUACCAAUUUACACCGCCGAACAAAUAAAACUAUACAAGGAUCGUAAAAUUGGUGAAUUACCGCCUCAUAUAUUUGCUAUUGGUGACAAUAGUUAUGCUCACAUGAAUCGUUAUGGCCAGGAUCAGUGUAUUGUUAUAAGCGGGGAAAGUGGAGCUGGUAAAACAGAAAGCACUAAAUUAAUAUUGCAAUAUUUAGCGGCUAUUAGUGGUAAGCAUUCGUGGAUCGAACAACAAAUAUUAGAAGCAAAUCCUAUAUUAGAGGCAUUUGGUAACGCUAAGACUGUAAGAAAUGACAAUUCAUCGCGUUUUGGUAAAUAUAUUGACAUCCAUUUCAACCAUCAAGGUGUAAUUGAAGGUGCUAAAAUAGAACAGUAUUUAUUAGAAAAAUCACGUAUUGUAUCACAAAAUCGUGAUGAAAGAAACUAUCAUGUAUUUUACUGCAUGCUGGCGGGCUUAUCUUACGAAGAGAAAAAAAAAUUAGAACUUGAAGACGCAUCGCAGUAUCGUUAUUUAACCGGUGGUGGAAGUAUUACAUGCGAAGGCCGUGAUGAUGCUGCUGAGUUUGCAGACAUAAGAUCAGCAAUGAAGGUUCUGCUGUUUUCAGAUCCCGAAAUUUGGGAGAUAUUGAAAUUAUUGGCAGCUUUAUUGCACAUGGGCAACAUAAAAUAUCGAGCGACGGUAAUUGAUAAUUUGGAUGCUACUGAAAUAUCUGAACAUACUAGUGUACAAAGAGUUGCGCAAUUGUUAGGUGUUCCGGUGCAAUCACUUGUUGCCGCAUUGACUAGACGCACAAUAUUCGCACACGGCGAGACAGUAAUUUCAACAUUGUCGCGAGAUCAAUCUGUUGAUAUCCGGGAUGCUUUUGUCAAAGGUAUUUAUGGACGACUAUUUGUCCAUAUAGUCAAGCGAAUCAAUGAGGCUAUUUAUCGUCCAAAAAACACCUCAAGAAGUGCUAUCGGUGUGCUAGAUAUAUUUGGGUUUGAAAAUUUUGAUCACAACAGUUUCGAACAGUUUUGUAUUAAUUACGCUAAUGAAAAUCUUCAGCAAUUUUUCGUACAGCAUAUUUUCAAACUAGAACAAGAAGAAUACAAUCACGAAGGUAUCAAUUGGCAGCACAUUGAGUUUGUUGACAAUCAAGAUGCUUUAGAUCUGAUAGCAAUUAAACAGCUCAAUAUAAUGGCUCUUAUUGAUGAAGAAUCAAAAUUUCCUAAAGGAACCGAUCAAACGAUGCUGGCUAAAAUUCACAAGACUCAUGGCACUCAUAGAAAUUAUUUGAAACCUAAAUCUGAUAUCAAUACGUCAUUUGGACUGAACCAUUUUGCUGGUGUUGUAUUUUACGAUACUCGAAGUUUUCUUGAAAAAAAUCGUGACACUUUUAGUGCUGAUUUACUCCAACUGAUUCACAUAUCAUCGAAUAAAUUUCUACAGACAUGUUUUGCUGAGGACAUCGGCAUGGGAUCGGAAACGCGAAAACGGGCGCCUAGUUUGUCCACGCAAUUUAAAAAAUCACUCGACUCACUGAUGCGAACACUGUGCAAUUGUCAGCCAUUUUUUAUUCGUUGUAUUAAACCGAAUGAGUUUAAAAAACCAAUGAUGUUUGACAGAGGAUUGUGCUGUCGUCAAUUGAGAUAUUCUGGCAUGAUGGAGACCAUUAGAAUUCGUCGCGCUGGUUAUCCAAUUCGUCACGCCUUUCCUGAGUUUGUAGAACGUUACCGUUUUUUAAUUUCGGGUAUUCCUCCGUCACACAAGACUGAUUGCCGAGCAGCGACAGCCAGAAUUUGUCAUCAUGUGUUAGGUAGGUCUGAUUAUCAAUUGGGACAUACCAAAGUAUUUCUCAAGGAUGCUCAUGAUCUCUUCCUUGAGCAAGAACGUGACCGUGUGUUGACGCGUAAAAUUUUAAUACUGCAACGAAAUAUUCGCGGAUGGGUUUAUCGUAGAAGAUUUUUGAGAAUGCGAGCAGCGGCUGUUGUUGUUCAAAAAAUGUGGCGCGGAUAUGAACAGCGACAGAGAUACAAACGAAUGCGAAGUGGAUACAUGAGACUUCAAGCAUUAAUUAGGUCGAGAGUGUUGUCUCAUAGAUUUAGACAUCUGCGCGGUCACAUCGUUGCCCUGCAGGCCCGAGCAAGAGGACAUUUGGUGCGGAGAAUGUAUCGUAAAAAAAUGUGGGCUAUUGUAAAGAUUCAAGCGCACGUUAGACGACUGAUUGCUCAACGAAGAUACAAAAAAGUUCAGUACGAGUAUAGGCUUCAUAUUGAAGCACUGAGAUUGCGUAAAAAAGAAGAGAGAGAAUUAAAAGAUCAAGGAAACAAACGAGCUAAAGAAAUUGCUGAGCAGAAUUAUCGUGAGCGGAUACAAGAGCUGGAGAGAAAGGAAAUUGAAAUGGAAAUAGAGGACAGAAGGAGGAUGGAGAUUAAGAAAAAUUUGAUAAAUGAUGCGGCCAAGAAACAAGACGAGCCAGUAGAUGAUAGUAAAUUAGUUGAGGCGAUGUUUGACUUUCUACCUGAUUCCAGCAGCGAAGCUCCAACUCCAGCACGUGAAACUUCAGUAUUUAAUGAUCUCCCGUCGCCUAAAGCCGAUCAGCAAGAGAUUAUAAGUCCAGUUCAAACAGCAUCUGAAGACGAAGAAGACUUAACAGAAUUUAAAUUUCAAAAGUUUGCUGCUACUUACUUCCAAGGAAAUAUCACUCAUCAUUUUUCAAAGAAGCCAUUGAAACAUCCUCUACUCCCUCUGCAGACUCAGGGCGACCAGUUGGCUGCUCAGGCGCUGUGGAUCACCAUUUUAAGAUUCACUGGUGAUUUACCUGAGCCGCGAUACCACACAAUGAAUCGUGAUACCACUUCAGUCAUGUCUAAAGUAACCGCAACUCUGGGUAGGAAUUUUAUUAGAAGCAAAGAAUUCCAAGAGGCCCAAAUGAUGGGCAUGGAUCCUGACACGUUUAAACAGAAGCCCCGCUCGAUUCGUCACAAGCUCGUGUCCUUGACGUUGAAAAGAAAAAAUAAAUUGGGCGAAGAUGUAAGAAGGCGAUUGCAAGAUGAUGAAUACACAGCAGACAGUUAUCAGUCCUGGUUAGAAUCAAGACCGACAUCAAAUUUAGAAAAACUACAUUUUAUUAUCGGUCAUGGAAUUCUACGCGCGGAGCUGCGUGAUGAAAUUUAUUGUCAAAUAUGUAAACUCCUUACUAAUAAUCCAACAAAAUCGUCUCACGCAAGAGGUUGGAUACUUUUGUCACUCUGCGUAGGCUGUUUUGCUCCUUCUGAAAAAUUUGUUAAUUAUCUACGAGCUUUCAUCAGAGAAGGGCCACCAGGAUACGCUCCCUACUGCGAAGAUCGUUUGAAACGGACGUUUAAUAAUGGGACAAGAAACCAACCACCAAGUUGGCUCGAACUUCAAGCGACUAAAUCGAAAAAACCUAUCAUGCUUCCCAUAACAUUUAUGGACGGCAAUACCAAGACAUUGUUAGCUGAUUCAGCGACAACAGCUCGUGAAUUAUGCAACCAAUUGUCUGACAAAAUAUCUCUGAGAGAUCAGUUCGGAUUUUCAUUAUACAUUGCGCUGUUCGAUAAAGUUUCAUCACUCGGUAGUGGUGGUGAUCAUGUGAUGGACGCGAUAUCUCAGUGUGAGCAAUACGCUAAGGAACAAGGCGCCCAGGAAAGAAAUGCGCCAUGGCGACUAUUUUUUCGUAAAGAAAUAUUCGCGCCUUGGCAUGAACCAACAGAAGAUCAAGUUGCUACAAAUCUCAUUUACCAGCAAGUUGUAAGGGGAGUUAAAUUUGGAGAAUACCGAUGUGAUAAAGAAGAUGAUUUAGCUAUGAUAGCUGCCCAACAAUAUUACAUUGAGUAUCACACUGACAUGAAUGUUGAUCGUUUGUUUGCAUUACUGACAAAUUAUAUUCCCGAUUACUGUCUCACGUCUCUGGAAAAACCAAUUGAUGUAUGGGGCCACUUAGUUUUACAGGCGUACAAAAAAAGUUAUUACCUCAAAGAAAAAGUACCGGCUCUAAGAGUAAAAGAAGACAUUGUCGGGUAUGCUAAAUUUAAAUGGCCGCUACUUUUUUCACGUUUCUACGAAGCUUACAGAAAUUCAGGACCAAAUUUACCUAAAAAUGAUGUUAUAAUUGCUGUAAAUUGGACAGGAGUUUAUGUAGUUGAUGAUCAAGAGCAAGUGUUACUAGAGUUAUCAUUCCCCGAGAUUACUACAGUGUCUAGUCAAAAAACAACUAAAAUGUUCACUCAAACAUUCAGUUUGUCAACAGUACGUGGGGAAGAAUUUACAUUCCAAAGUCCAAAUGCUGAAGAUAUUCGUGAUUUGGUUGUUUACUUCCUCGAAGGACUGAAAAAACGCAGUAAAUAUGUCAUCGCCUUGCAGGAUUAUAAACCACCGGGUAAUGAGAAUAAUUGUUCAUCUUUUCUUACCUUCCAGAAAGGUGACUUGAUUGUUUUGGAUGACGAGAGUACCGGAGAGACUGUUUUAAAUUCAGGGUGGUGUGUUGGUAUUUGUGAAAGAACUGGAGAAAAGGGUGAUUUUCCAGCAGAAACUGUUUACGUUCUUCCUUCAUUGUCCAAACCACCGAAUGAUAUUCUCGCGCUGUUCAGUAUCGAAGCGCCUGAAAAUAAUCGUCGGCUUUAUCCACAGCAAAUAAACGGCGUUGAGCCGCGGGACAAACCGCACACGUUGCUUGAGUAUUCAAUAGAUCAUUUUAGAACUCCGCCGAAGAGAACGAUGUCCAAAGCGCUGACUUUGACCACAGCAAGACGUGGUCAUAUUGAUGAGCUGUGGCGGCACUCACGCGAUCCUAUAAAAGCACCACUUUUAAAAAAAUUGAUAUCGAAGGAAGAACUUGCUGAAGAAGCUUGUUUUGCUUUCAAUGCUAUACUCAAAUACAUGGGAGACUUACCCACCAAGAGACCGAGGAUUGGUAACGAGUACACUGACUUAAUAUUUGAAGGGCCAUUGAAGAAUGAAAUACUGCGUGAUGAAAUUUACUGUCAGAUAAUGAAACAAUUAACGGACAAUAGAAAUAGAUUGAGCGAAGAACGUGGCUGGGAAUUAAUGUGGCUUGCCACGGGUUUGUUUGUCUGCAGCCAGAGUUUACUCAAAGAACUGACGUUAUUUUUACGUACAAGGCGGCAUCCAAUAUCACAAGACUCUCUGCAGAGAUUGCAAAAGACCUUGAGAAAUGGACAGCGUAAAUAUCCACCGCACCAGGUUGAAGUUGAGGCAAUUCAACAUAAAACAACCCAAAUUUUCCACAAAGUUUACUUUCCAGAUGACACUGACGAAGCGUUUGAAGUUGACUCGUCAACUAAAGCUAAAGAUUUUUGUCAAAAUAUCGCACAAAGACUUAACUUAAGAUCUGCCGAAGGCUUCAGUUUGUUUGUUAAAAUUGCUGAUAAAGUUAUUUCUGUUCCCGAGGGAGAUUUCUUCUUUGAUUUCGUCAGACAUCUGACGGAUUGGAUCAGAAAAACGCGACCAUCGCGAGAUGGUGUCUCUCCUCAAUUUACGUACCAAGUUUUCUUUAUGAAAAAAUUGUGGACCAAUACUGUGCCGGGUAAAGAUCGAAAUGCUGAUUUAAUCUUCCAUUUUCAUCAAGAGUUACCUAAAUUACUACGAGGAUAUCACAAGUGUACUAAAGAAGAAGCUUCUAGAUUAGCUGCUCUUGUUUAUCGAGUACGGUUUGGUGAAAGUAAACAGGAACUUCAAGCAAUUCCUCAAAUGUUACGAGAAUUAAUUCCUGGUGAUUUAGUUAAAAUUCAAAGUGCAAAUGACUGGAAGCGAUCGAUUGUGGCUGCUUACAAUCAAGAUGCGGGAAUGAACCCUGAAGACGCAAAGAUAACGUUUUUAAAAAUAGUAUACCGUUGGCCGACAUUUGGAUCAGCUUUCUUUGAAGUAAAACAGGGAACUGAUCCAAAUUAUCCAGAACUGCUGCUAAUUGCCAUCAAUAAACACGGUGUGAGUCUUAUUCAUCCUCAAACGAAGGAUCUAUUAGUAACUCAUCCAUUUACAAGAAUCUCCAACUGGUCAUCGGGUAAUACGUAUUUCCACAUGACAAUUGGAAAUCUGGUUAAAGGCUCAAAGUUACUUUGCGAAACAUCACUAGGGUAUAAAAUGGAUGAUUUAUUGACUUCAUAUAUUUCCUUGAUGCUUACAAAUAUGAACAAACAACGAACUAUAAGAGGACCCAAAUCAUAAUCAAAUAGAAAAUCAAACCUUUGUUAGAAAAAAAAAGUAAAUAUUUUUUAUUCUUUACAAUUAAGUUUGUACAGAUUCGUGCAUUUAUUUAAAAUAUUUUUCUAAUGUAAAUGAAUGUUAUUUUUUUCAUAAUAGAUUGGAUUUAAAUUUGUAAAAUAUUUAACAUUUAAAGUAAUUAAAAGUCAAUGAUUAUUAUGGAAUAAAAGUAAGAUGAGAUAUACGUGUACAUACAAAUAAUCAU